UCAGCAGUAACCAGGCUCGUCACUAGGGGGCGCUUCAACAUCAGCUCAGUGAUUAGACGCGGGGAAGAAGUGUGUGUGUGUGUGAGUGACACCAUUGCCCUGCUGUGAAGGACGCAUACGGACGACAAAAAACCCCAACACCAUCUCAACAACAAAGGCUCAGCUUCCGGUUUCUGGAUGUAGCUGUCAGGCUCCACCACCAUUUAAACGGGGCAUCGCUUUAUCAGCAGCUUUAGUAUGAGCGAAGGAGAGGUGUUUCAUGAGAAGCAACGAUUGGAGCUGUGCGCAAUUCACGCACUCAACAACGUGCUCCAGGAGCGGGUGUUUACCAAAGAGACAGCCGACGAUAUCUGCAAAAGGCUGGCUCCACAGUGUGUCGUGAACCCACAUCGGUCAGUGUUAGGGACGGGAAACUAUGAUGUCAACGUCAUCAUGGCGGCACUACAGAGCCGGGAGUUGGCUGCGGUGUGGUGGGACAAACGCAGGGAAGUUGAGAACCUCUGUAUGUCAAAGGUCCAAGGCUUUAUUCUGAAUGUCCCAUCACGAGUAUCUUUGGGGAUUGUAUCCCUCCCGCUCCGACGGCGGCAUUGGCUCGCAGUUCGGCAAGUUAGCGGGCAGUACUACAACCUGGACUCUAAGCUGAAGAGUCCGGUCUGCAUCGGCGGAGAAGCAGAGCUACGCACAUUUCUCACUGAACAGCUUUCUCAGGACGUGGCAGAGAUGCUGCUCGUUGUCCGACGGGAGGUGGAGGAGGACGGCUCGUGGCUGAACGCUGACAGCAAGAAGUGAUGCCUUGGGACAGAACAUAACUUUGCAAAGCGUGGGGGGAAAAACCCUCCUCUGGGGAAAUGACAGACAUUUUGAAAGAGAGAAACAAACCCCUUGUUAAAAAAAAUAUCUUCAGGGAAUGCACUAAAAUACAUUUAAUAUCUACACAAACACACAAAUUCCAAAGAGAAGUAGAGGUGGGCGUUUAAUCCUGAAAUGAAGAACUGCUUGAUUGUAACGGCUUAAAAAAGAAAACCAUUGCUCUGGUAUGACCCAUCUAUCUGCAACGUCAACUGUACUCUUGUACUUUUUGUUUUAACUCUUUGAGUUGAAAAGUUGCAGGUUAGAGGCAAAUGUGGGCUAGUUUAUGGCACUUUUGUUGUGACCUGAUUCUGAAAUGUUACUGUGUUUUUUGGUAACUGGAUAAAUUUGAUUACUUAAAAUGCUAUUAGGAUGAAUUCGCCACUUAGGAUACUGUUGUCUUAGAUCCAGUUUGUUAUGUGCUACGUGUGCUAUGGUUAUGCCAGAAUGUGUUGAUUGUGAAGGAGCGCCAUCUCUUCCUUCACUUUUGUUAUUAACUUUCUAUGCACUGCAACGUUUGAGUUGUUUGCACUGUUUGUCUUUGUUAGCACUCAUGCAGGCACAGGAGCCUUGAAUGCAUCGCCUUAAAGAGGCACCGGAAGACUGCACCAGUGUCUUUGCAUGUGUUCAUCCAUUUACUUGACUUCUUGCGUUCUUUUUAGUCUAGUUACACAGUUGUGGUCAGAAGUUUACACGCACUCAUCGUGGGCACGAAUGUUAUGAUAAUUUGGGGCUUUUAAUGAAUUCUUUGAACUUUUUUUUUUCCCAGGGUGGAAUGAUUGUACAGCAUACGUCUUUAAUGACUUUUAAAAACAAGAAUUGGCUGUGCAACUUUGAAACUGGAUUUUCUCAAAACCACACAGGGUUAAAUAUCUGCAUACACCCACACUAAUAUUUGGUUAAAUUUCCCCUGGCACGUUGCACCUCAGCCAGACUCUUUUGGAAGCUUCUGCCUGAAUCGUUGACCACUCAUCUUGGCAGAUAUGAUGGAGUUAAUUUAAAUCAGGCACAGAGACAGCGUUUAAGCAUAGUCCAUAACUUUUCAGUAGGUUUUGGGAAGGCCUUUCCAUUAAUGGAUGUAAACCUCUGACCACAGCUGUGUUAUAGUUGUGUGGUAAAGUUGUACAAGCCACACAGUAAAGAAGCUCCCUCAGUCCAUUUUUCUUCUGUUUAUCCAGUUCAAGGUCAGGGCAGUUAGGGUGGUUGGGGGGGCUGGAGCCAAUCCCAACUGUCACAGGGUGAGAGGCAGGGUACACCUUGGCCAUGUUGCCAGUAUGUCACAUGGCCAACACAGAGAAACACAACCAUUUACACUGACAGUAAAUUUGGAGUCAAAUAACCCUGUGCAUGUUUUUGGACUUUGUGGGGAAGCCACAGGACCCAGGGAGACGAUGCGAAGAGUUAGUGAGUGAAUCCAGGUUUUGGGUACGGAGCAGUGUUAAGUUCACUAAUCUUGAAACAUGCAAAAACACUGGACACAUGACUGUAUGUAGGCGCUACACUUGUUUUGUCUCCCCUAGUGAUCUAUGCAUAUCUGAAAGAAUAUGAGCGCUGUCUCUGAUACACACUAGUGAAUAACUUACACAUAAACUUAAGCUCAGAGGUGAAUAAUAUUUAAAUUUAUUUAUAUUAAACAUUGACCUUUUGUUUUAAGUACAA